UCUAUAAAUGCUACAACCCCAGCUUCUUGCUGUGUCUCUACUACUCCCCUCCGACCCGACCCCAUCGUCAUCGUCUGCGAAUCCUCCUGAUCCUCGCUCUCUAUUCCUUCUUCAUGUUGUUCACUCUGGUCCCGCUCAUAUUAGACCUCACCACCGACGUCUUCUGCCCGCCGAGCCAUCCGCACGAUUGCCUGCUGCCGGAGCGGGACGUAGUCCCUUUCCUCCGCGGCAUCCACUGCUACUUUCUCUUGCCCAUCACGACGGUGAUUCUCCCUGUUCUGGGUUUCUAUAAGCAAGCCCAGCGCCAGAAGCGACAGCGACAACAAGGACAACCAAGGAGGCAGCAUCAGCAGGAGCCACGCGAACAGGCCAUAAUGAUUCCUCCGUCUCAUCCCCCAUCACCGACCACCCCCACAGAUCUUAACCGCCUCCUUGCCCGCUCCCGCCUUUUUCAGGCUGCUAUCUUCGCGCUCUCGGCCAUCCUCUGGAUUUUCCGCUUGCCUCCAGGGCAGCAGGAGCGAGUGUACGAACCGCCGCCGCCGCCCGAUGAUCCUCUUCCGCCCCAGCCCUGGCUGUUAGUCUUCUUGCAUUGGUGGAUAUUCAUGGGGUAUAUGACCGUCGAUGAGGUCAUUUUUGCGGUCGGGCAGGGUGUGUUGGGGUACUUGGGUCUACGGAAGGCGGUAGCAGCAGAGGGGAGAGGUGAAGGUGAGGAGCAGGCGGAGGGAAGGCCGUUGUUGGUAGCGGCUGAGGAACGUUCCACAUACGGAUCUGAAAGUUGAACUUCCCCGCAAUCGAUACAAAGAACGUGCAAGGAAGCUGGCUAGUGAACGUGUUCUUUCUCAUGUUGAGAACACCUGUGCUGAUGAGGGAGAAAGAGAAGGGAAGGGGAGAUAAUCUGGUAAUCUCAUACGAAGACUAAUCAGAUUUUGGUUUAUUAUAUGUAUAAUAGUCCCACCUAAUAUCGUUAGUUUGAUAUCAAGGUUCCACAAAGAGGUUUUGACCACCUUGUGAGCACUCAAGGGUACACACUAACU